CUCCAGAUGCCAAAACCUCACAUGCUGAGUAUUUAUUUACUCUCCUCCAAGCCUUGGCUAGUUUCAGUAGAGUAGUUAAUGUUUAAUGUGUCUUCGGAUGGGCGGCCCUAACUAUAUAGGCUGUGAUAUUUUUUAACCCAUUCCCUUCACCCCAUAAGCCCCUUAAAGAGGGCAAGGGUUAAAAGAUACCAAAUUCUCACCUUGAGUGUUUUGCUUGUUUCUCAGGCUUCUUAUCAGGCAGAAAUACCUCAGGUUUCGAUGGCUGCCCAGAAUUAGCCUUCAAGUUUCAAGGUUGUAAAGUUAGUCGAAGGAAAUGAAGCAUUAAGGUGAAGCCAAGUUGUAAUGGAGGGUAGAAGGUGGGGUAAAAACCUUUUUACAGUCAAAACCCUUUGGGUCAGAAAAGUAGGUGUGAAGAUGAGGUGCAAGUUCCUUAGGGCUCAUCCAGCUUUGGUUUCAGGUUCAAAUUAACCUCUGCAGUGAUUACGACAGCAUGAUCUUCAGUGGCACUUGGUGUCAUUUCUAGACUCUUUGGAAAUAUCCAUCUGUUUGGGGGGCAUUAAGCGGGCCUAAAGCUGAACCAGAUAGUUUACAGAGUUUAAGGUAUGAAGUAAAAGGAGAAGGAUGUCCCUAGGGUUUAGUAUUUAUUCAGGGGUAGCCAAUGACCCUUCUUUGGUAGGGGCUACUCUUGCAUCUGGAAAAUCCCUGGGAUGCCCUCUGAGGGGCCUGGAAUCCAUUAGCUCUCUUAUGUAUGUAGAUGUAGGUUAGGAAGUGGUAGUGAGAAGAGACCUAGGUUUCUCACCUGUAAAAUGAAGAAAAUGUCAUUUCCUAUUUAUGUUAUGAGUUCAUUCUUAAGAUGUAAUGAGGAUAUCUGAAAGCACUUUGUAAACUGUAAGGUGGUGCUAUUUCUGUUGUUUUUAAUCUCUUCUAGUUGCUUCUGGCAAUCCUAGAGGGGUUUCCUAAAGUGAUAGAGUGAUAGGCUUCUCUGGGAGGAAAGAGAGGCUAGCAAACCACUAUAAAGUACCAAGAACAAGGGUAGUAAUUUUCUUUGAAAGGAAGAGGCAGCAUCUGUUCACCCAUUCACAGCAAAUAUUAUAUUAAUUAAAAAAGUCACUCUAAAUAUUCACUGCCCCAAUUUUACAGGUUAGAAAACUAGGGCUGAAAACAUGACCCUUGGAUCUAUGCUUGCUUCUCGAAGACAAGGCUUUUGUGUUAUUCAGUUUUGUACCUCCAGUGACUGUUAGAUGCUCAUAAAUAUUAGUUUAACUGAAAACAUUGCUCAAAUCCCACUGAGCCAUAUAUUCUCUGGGAAAUAAAAUAUUUAAGAAAAAGCAGGAAAUGGUAAUUUAGAAGUCAAGAAGAAGCCUUCCAACAGCUCAACCCAGUAGACAUUAGAACAGAUGACAAGUUCAUUCAUCCAGCAUUUUCUGAGUGUCUUCUGUAUGCCCAGGCCUAUGAGACAUGGAUUCCCAUGGCUAUAAUGGCCUUAACCCUAGAGAAUGUUAGAAAUGGGUUAGUACUCUCUGAGCCUGGAUAGUCGUUAAUGGAGUAGAUAGCUGAGAUGACAGAAUUUCAUCCACGUGACCUCUCCUGUUCCUGUUUCUUUGGGUUUCUGGGUAUUGGGGAACUAACCUCAUGAAAGAACCCUAACAGCUGUCUCACCUAAUGUUGAUUUAUCACUGGGCUUCUUUGAUUUCUCUGCACCCUCUGAUUUCCUCCUUAUCGCCUAAUAGGCUCUAGACCCUCAUGAACCGCAUGUGUCUGGCUCGUUAGGGAUCUUCCCUCUUCCUCUCCUGUGUCCUGCCCCUCCCCAUCUGCCCCACUUGAAGGACUCCUCCCAAACAGGAAAGGAGCUCCAUGAGUCUUUAUUCUUGGCAGCUCUGUAUGAUCGGCAGGCUGACUCACCCAACCCAGCCCAAACCUGACUUUGGUACUGGAAGCAAUUGUUGGCAGAGGCCAAGAGGAUACCUGCCCUGGCAUCCAAACCCCAAGCCCCAAGAUCUCAAAGAGAACACAUUUUCUAGGACAUUUUACCUACUUUUGGGAAGAUUAGAGAGAUGGUAAAACAUAACAUGGCAUUGGGGAGAAAACAUGGAUUCAGAGUCAGGCAAACUAUGUUCUGAUUCUAGCUCUCCCCCAACUCGUUUUGACAUUGGUAAUGCCUCUUAAUCUUAAUUCUUUUCGAGUUUCACUUUAACAUAAGAAAGUCACCCCUGGCCUGCCCAACUCUGGUGGAAUGUUUCCACAAACAGGCAUAUGAAAAUGCUUGGGACUUUCAGAAGGAAGAAGGCACUGCCUUCUUCUGCUACUACUAUUGUCACAGUGAACUUGAAACUUUUUCCCUCGGAGCUGGAGUUGGGAGGAGAUCACAAGGGGCAUUUCUUUUGCUCAUUUGACACAGGCUAGCGACCCUCUUUGCAACAACAGAGGAGGAGAUGAUGCACAAGAGGGAAAUUGGGUUUGCUCAACCACUGCAGGUGCUAUUCACAUGUUUCCCAGGCUAGGGAGAUGAUGGUGAUGGUGGUGGUGAUGGUGGUGGUUGUGAUGAUGUAGAUGAUGUUGACCAUAAUAGCAGCUAACAAUUACUGGGCCAUGCACUGUGCAAAGUAAUUUACAUGGAGUAUUUCACUGUAUCCUCAAGACAACCCUAUGAUGCAGACACUAUAAAGGGCCCUAUUCCUUCUCUUUAGCCUAUAGUCUCUGGUUUAGCCAUAACCCCUCUUUUCUAUGCUCUUGUUUCCUUUGCUUCGAUUUAGUUUGAUCCUAGAUAGAUGCUGUCUUUUUAUUGUUACAAGAACAGAUGUAGUUAUUUAUUAGGUAUAUGAGUAUUUAAUACAAACUGAACUGUCCUAAGUGUUCUCUCUUUUAAUCCUUUCAAUAGCCCUAUUUAAUGAAGAAAAAGAGACUCAAGGAGGAAUUUGCCUAAAGUCACGUAACUGUAAAUGGCUGAAUUCGAAUUUGAACACAGAUCCAACUACCUCCAAAACCCAAACAAUUAACUCCAAUAAUAUUUCUUGUUUACGAUAAUGAAAAUGUAGGUUCAGCUCCCUGGUUCAGAGAAGCAAGUGAUUAAGAGAAGUAAUGGAAUCUCCUUUCUCACUAGACUGCUUCCUCACCACCUGAGUCUUCCCUUCGCAUGUGUUUAAGCCAGCUUAUGUGUCCUUCCAUGCAGGCCGCGGGUUCAGGUAAUGGCUGUCCAUGGCCCCCCUUCUAGCUCUCUGCUUGCUUGGUGUCCCUGCCGCCAUGCUGCUCCAGAGCCUGGGCAGAGCCUUGCGGGAGCCUCGGCUCACUCAUGGCUUUGUUCUUCUCUUUUCAGGCCCAGCCUGGGACAUUCUUGGCUUCCCUUCGCUUCCCCUCUGGGAGCCCCUUUCGCCGCUCCUGCACCUUGCUUCGGGCGAUGCCCGAGAGGGAGCUGUGGCCAGCCGGGCCUGGCUCAGAACCCGUGACCCGCCUCGGCAGCUGUGACAGCAUGAUGAGCACCACCUCCACCCACUCUGGAUCUAGUGACAGCAGCUAUGACUUCCUGUCUGCUGAAGAGAAGGAGUGUCUUCUCUUCCUAGAGGAGACCAUUGGCUCACUGGACACUGAGGCUGACAGUGGACUGUCCACUGAUGAGUCAGAGCCGGCCACAACCCCCCGAGGUCCACAAGCACCGCCCAUAACCCAGCCUGCUCCCCAGGGACAUCCAAAGGAGACCAUCAUUCAGCAAGGACCAGAGCCAAGGAGAGUGACUCCAUCCAGCUCAUCCUAUCCCACAGAGCCCCAAGGCCUGAGCCUCAGGUCUGGCUCCCACAGCCUCCCCAGAAAUAUCCAGAUUGGCAGAAACCAGAACCUCAGGAAAAGCACCACCCAGACUAACAGCCACGUUCCUGGAGAAUCUGAAGGGCUUGUACCAGAGCCUGAGAAAAAAAGGGUCAGCCGGAGCAGUGAGCCCAGCCAGGCACCAGCCGGCCCCCAGGAAGCUGCGCCUGACUUGGACGUGGUGCUCAUCCCUCCACCAGAGGCUUUCCGGGACACCCAGCCGGAGCGCCCUGGGGAAGGCAGCCGGCCUGUGGGGCCAAGGGAGCAAGGUCGCACACCCCAGCUGCACGCGUCGCUCAGUCCCCAGAAGAGACAAACCUUUUCAGAAGCCAUGUCCCGAAAAGCCAGUGAGAAAGCCUCGGAGGAGGUCCCAGGACAGCCACGGCCUCCUGCCUUGUCUCCUCAGAUCCCUAGAGCUGAAGGUGCUCCCCGCCCAUCGGGGGAGGAUCCAAAUUCCCAACCAGCUCCCCUCACAGCUCCUAAGCCCCGGAAGCUGCCACCCAAUAUUGUUCUGAAGAGCAGCCGAAGCAGUUUCCACAGUGAUCCCCAGAAUUGGCUGUCCCGCCACUCGGAGACCACCCCCGGAGACUCUGGCCCAGUCUCUUCCUCACUACAGGAGCAGCGGAAAGCCCGCAGAGAAGCCCUGGAGAAGCUGGGGCUACCCCAGGACCAAGAUGAGCCAAGUCUCCACUUAAGCAAGCCCAGCAGCUCUAUCAGACUCAAGGAGACUCCUGCUCAGGCCCCAUCCUCGGCUCUAGCACCCGCCCUGGCUCAGCCUGCAGUUCCACCUCAGGUCUCAGCAGCUGUCCCUGCUCCAGCUCCAGCUCCAGCUCUGGGACCUUCUCCAGGGAAGGCUCUGUUUCCAGCUCUAGUUCAGGGAUCCUCUCCAGGGAAGGUUUCGAUUCCCGCCCAGGAACCCCUUCCAGGGAAGGCUGCAGCUACCAAAUCCAUGCCAAUUCCUAUCCCUAAGGCCCCGAAGGUAAAUAGUCCCCAGACUCAACCAAAGCCAGACUCAGGGCUGGCUCUCCAGAAGAGCGACAUCUCUGGCCUGAGACAGAUGAGCUUCAAGUCCAACACUCUGGAACGCUCAGGCGUGGGGCUGAGCAGCUACCUCUCAGCUGAGAAAGACCCCAGCCCCAAAACCAGCACCUCUCUGGGAAAGGACUCCUUCUUGGACAAGAUCUCUCCCAGUGUUCUGCGUAAUUCCAGGCCCCGCCCUGCCUCCUUGGGCACAGGGAAGGAUUUUGCAGGUAUCCAGGUGGGCAAGCUGGCUGACCUGGAGCAGGAGCAGAGCUCCAAGCGCCUCUCUUACCCAGGACAGAGUCGUGACAAGCUGCCUCGGCCCGCCUGCGUCAGCGUCAAGAUAUCCCCAAAAGGCGCCCCUGAUGAGCACAGAAGGGAGGCUCUGAAGAAGCUGGGACUGCUGAAGGAGUAGACACCAACCACCAGCACCCCUGGCACUACCCUCUGUGCACUACACGAGAAGGGCUCAGGGCUCCACUCAGGAGCCUUUCCCACCUCACAACCUAGGGGCUGGGCAGGGCUAGGCUUCUCUCAGAUGUUCUUUUCUCUCUGGGUUGUUGGGGAGAGAUUUGAGUCCAAGCAUAUUUUGUUUAUGUUCAGAGAGGUUGUGCUAAUGAGUACCCACAUGAAUUCAUCCUGAAGAUGAUUUCCACAAGUGUGUGUAUGUGUGUGUGUGUGUGUAUUAUAGGCUGUAUAUAUCACUGAAGCUAUUUAUAUAACACAAGGAGUCAUUGCUCCAAAUUCUGCUCUUGUUGGAGAUUCUCUUACAUCAGGUAGAGUUCAGUCUGGCCAGAACUGAGUGGGGAGGGGUGGCUAAUUGAGGAGGAGAAUCAAACGAGACUGAAUGUGCCCAUGACUUGGAAGAAGCAGCGUUAAGGUUGCUUGAAGCGAGGGUCUCUCAGUUCAGGCCUUCUGGACAGGGGCAUGUGACCAAGAGGAAUUGGUUUGCCACCUCUUCAUCCACUGCCCUCUCACUGUGUCUAGUCCCAAGGAUUUAACUAAACUCCCCACCACCCCUGUGGUUGAAUGAUUGCAGAACAGCUCUUGUUGGUCUGAGAAGGCAGGAUAAUUGACCACAUAUGCACACUUCCAGUUCCACUCGGGAGACUUCUGGGCUUAAUACAGCCAAUGAUAAAAUGUGCUGCAGUCCCUGACUAAUUUUCCUGUUCUUCCUGCUCCCCGGCCCCCCAUCGCACUGACUCCAGUGGCGACUCCAGGCUGGGACAACACUGAGAUGGGAGCCCCAGCCCAGAGACUAUAAAUACUAAAGAACUGGUUUGAGCCUUCUCCACUAGGUGGUUUUAAAAACAUCCCCAGCCCCUACAAGGGAAAAUCAACACAAUAUAUUCUCUGCUAGUUAUUCAUAGAAUACCAGAGCUGAGAGGGACCUUAGAUAAGCUCCUAUUCAACCCUGUCGGGGAAGAGAAGUGACUCAUCCACAGUCACUCUGUCAUUUAGGGCAGAACUGGGGCUAGAACCUGGGGCUCCCAGCUCCCACUCUUGGCUGCAUCUGCUGCCUCCCCUUAACCAGUGUUUUGUAACAUCCACAAUGCACCCCAAGGAUCAAGGGUCGUCAUCAAAAACCCAAUCUGAAGACCCUUCAAGAUCCUAAAAUAUCUUCUGAAAUAUCAGAGAUUAAAUAUUGUUCAGGAUAACAUGUAGUGUUGUGUUUUUAAUUCAGUCUUUGAAAAGGAGCAACAUCAUGACUCAUUAUUAACCAGAAUACCCCUCCUCCAAAUUCCGCGACCAAGUUCUGCAACUUGAGAAAAUGCCCAGAGGUGGGUAAUAUGGGUAGGUGGUGUGGACUUGUGAACACAAGCUUGAGGAUCAGGCAUGGCUAGACAUGACCUCUGCCUCCCCUUAGGAAAUAAGUCUUAUUCAUGGUUGUGACUUGGUUUGAGUCCAGGAUCCCCAGAUGUGAGGGGCAGAUAAAGGGAAUGAAAGUUGGAAGGUGCCCUUUGGUUCUGCUAAGCAUUUGUGUGCCAUAUCAUUAGGGACCCAGUACCGUCAAACUCAUUUCUGAAAGCCAUGAGAAGGUUAAGGUAAGGACAACCCAUGCCCCCACCCUGCUAUGGUAUGUAGGGUGUGGGUGUGACAGUUUCUGUGUACGCUGUCUCACACACACUCACACCCAAAAGCCUGAUGCCUUAUACCUGCCCCUUGGGUGAGGACUUCUGUCACAACUGGUGGAGACUUCCACAACUGGUCAAGCUAUAUGUUAAACUCCAAGAGAGAAGGACCUUCUGGAAAGUUGAUGCGACGUGCUGUUUUCAGUUGAGCUAUUUCGUGUGUAUAUUUAAAGACACAAUCUGAGGAAUAAACACUUUAUUCUUUUUCCUUUUUCA